AUGGCGGCUAAACAACCAUCGCCCUCGACGUCCAAGCGGACUAAAGAUCCAACACAUCAAGAAAUGGCUGUCGGUAGCUACAGAAGACUGGAGGAGAUUGGCCGGGGAAGCUUUGCGACGGUUUACAAAGCUUCCAAGUCUAAACAACCCGGCUACGUUGCCAUCAAAUCCGUCGACCUGCACAAGCUUAACAAGAAACUAAAGGACAAUCUAUACUCGGAGAUCCACAUCUUGAAGAACUUGAAACAUCCACACAUCGUAUCCCUUAUGGAUUGCCAAGAAACCACGGCCCAUAUACAUCUGAUCAUGGAGUUUUGCGAGCUUGGGGACUUGUCCUACUUCAUCAAGAAGAGAGACACACUGUCCCGUCAUGAUACCACCAGGGACAUGAUAAGAAAGUACCCCAAUCCUGCAGCUGGUGGUCUGAACGAGGUCAUAGUCCGACACUUCCUCAAGCAGCUAGCGAGUGCUCUGGAGUUCCUAAGGAAGGGAAACUUCAUCCACCGUGAUGUGAAGCCGCAGAACCUCCUUCUCGACCCAUCGCCCCUUUUUUGUGCCAAAUUCAAGCCCGAAGCCGUCCCAGAUGCUGCUCACGACGAAUCGAAGGUCCCUGCCGCUGGUAUUGAAUCUCUGCCUACCCUGAAGAUUGCGGACUUUGGCUUCGCGCGGUCUCUACCUUCAACUUCUCUUGCAGAAACACUAUGUGGAUCGCCUCUAUACAUGGCACCCGAGAUUCUAAGAUACGAGAAAUACGAUGCAAAGGCAGAUCUCUGGUCCGUUGGCACUGUCUUAUACGAGAUGAUGGUGGGGAAGCCGCCUUUCAGAGCCUCAAACCACGUGGAAUUGCUACGUAAGAUUGAGCGGGGCGAGGACAGAAUCAAAUUUCCGGAAGAGGUGGCCUUGAGUGACAGUAUGAGGAAGCUUAUCCGGAGUCUUCUGAAGCGGAAUCCGGUUGAGAGGACAAGCUUUGAGGAUUUCUUCAGCAAUACUGUGAUCAAGGAUGAGAUCCCCGGAUUGGCUGAGGAAGAUCGACCAGCUCAGCUUCCCAAACAGGACUUGGAACCAGUGGGAAAGGGAAAAGAAAAAGCAUCAGAAGGGCCAAUGGGAGAGGGUUCGGCGCCAAGAACCUCAAAAGUUGACGUGACUGGUAAUGUGUCACAAUCUCCAAGAAGAACGAUCUCAGGCAGUCCACAAACCGUUGCGCUCAGGGCUGAGCCUGCAACUCAUCGUCGAUCAUCUGGUACGCCACCACGAACCGCUACUGGCGAUUUGCGAGAAAAGAGAAACAGUACUGAGGCUACUCGAGCAAACCCACCAUCAAGAGAAGCUGCACACCAAGCUACGCGUCCAAGUAUGAUUUCUCAUGCUACGGCACCAGCACGCCAAGACUUGCUUGCACAUAAUAGCAAAGCUACUGCGCCCGCAGUCAUGCAACAGCAACCAAGUCGGACAUCUCUAGCCCCAAAUUCUCCAAGGUCCGAUGAGAGAGACCAGCAGCGCAAAGCGGCUUUGGAAGCUAAGGAGGCUCGAGAUCGUGCAGCGCAUGAUGUAGCGUUCGAGCGAGACUACGUGGUGGUAGAAAAGCGAGCAGUUGAAGUCAAUGCUUUCGCUGAUGAGCUUGCCGCGAGCCCUAGAAUCCACGGCACAACCCAAGCUCAGCAGGAUUCAAAUCGUGGCGCGAUGGUCAGACGAGCCACUACUCAAGGAGCUCCUAUUUCGGUCGCUGGCGCUCAAAUCACACCGUCACGAGCCAUGCAGCUGGCGUCUGGGAAAAGACCUGAUCAUCAUCGACAGAAUUCCUACGAAAGGAGGCUACAGAACAUUCCUUCGGCUACUUCAGCCAUCUCAAAAGCAAUCAACAUGGCUAGUGGCAGGCUUUUCAGUAUGGGGUUCUCGCCUCCCUUGGGCAUUGGUCGAGGCGGCCCUUCUCCUCCUUCUUACAGCCCCUUCCCCGCCUAUCCUACGAGUCAAGGCGGCCCUCUCAUGAUUGGUGACGGUUCCAGAAGCCCAGCUCCCUUGGAUGAAGAUUCCAAAGCCGUUCAAGUAAUCGAAGAUUCUGCCACGAGAAGUGAUGUCGUUUAUGGAUUCGCAGAGGUCAAGUACAAACAGCUAAUUCCUCUGGAGCCAUCGAUGGAUCGCGGAUUGGGGUUGCAUCAAGCAGGAAUACCAGAAGGAAGCGAGGGCGGGAACAGUAUAAGUGAAGAUGAUAACCUGACCGUCGAUGCAAUCGUUACUCUCUCGGAGGAGGCGUUAGUACUCUAUGUCAAGGCAUUGUCAUUGCUCGCCCGGUCUAUGGAUAUUGCGGGAGCUUGGUGGGCGCGAAAGAAUCGUGGUGAGAUAGUCGACGAAUCGACAUCGCCUCGGACCCAUUCCAACACGGCAAAUGCUGCAGCUAUUGGUAACCGAGUUAACAACGUCGUCCAAUGGGUUCGAGAUCGAUUCAAUCAGGUCCUUGUCAAGGCCGAAGUUGUACGUCUGAAGCUGAUUGAGGCCCAAAAGCAGCUCCCCGCAGAUCACCCAAGCCACCCCGGCAAUCAUCCCUCUGCUUCAGAUCCUGCGAACAUGGGCACAUCCGCGGACAAUGUCAUAGUGACUUCUGGCGUGACGGCUGAGACGCUCAUGUAUGAUCGCGCGCUGGAGAUGAGCAAGUCGGCCGCGGUCAAUGAGCUGGUGGGAGAUGAUCUCUGGGGCUGUGAGAUGAACUAUGUCACGGCAAUAAUGCUUCUAGAGGCCGUUCUUGAGGAUGACGAGGGGCCGUUUUCGAAGAAAACUGCUACGGACAAGGAUGCCAAGGGCUCAAGCACGGAAGAAGAGGUCGUGAACGGAGUGGAAGCGGAGGACCGGAAGGUCGUACUCAAACUCGUUCAGGGCAUCCGCUCACGCCUCGCUGCUCUUCGCAAAAAGAUGCAGAUCAUAGCAAGGCGCAAUAGCGUCCCGAAUGCCACGCCACCUCGUUCGAAAUCCCCAGUCGUCGCUGCCACCGCUACGACACCGGCAAUUGCUACCACUCCACCUCGAUAG